AUGAGUCUUGAUGAUGUUCUGUUCGAUGAGGAAGAUCGUCCCCGACUCUGUCGGGCCAUUGUCAAAUAUCACAGCCCUUUACAGUUCCAAGAUCGAUUACAGUACAUUGAUAAACGAUAUGAUCAUUUACGAAAGUUAACUCAGACAUUGAAAAAGAAGAUAAACGAAUUAGAGGAUAUCAUGCGGAUGGAGAACGACGAACAGAAUAUUGAGAUAAUUCAAACAUUACUGGCUGAUAUUAAAAGAGAAAAGCAGAAGAUACGAGAUGAAGCUCAUAUUAUCCGAGGAGAAUUGAGUCAAGCCAUGUACAAUGAGGAUCUUAGAUCAAAAAUCUUGAACUUCAUCGAUCAAUUUGAGAGUUGGUGGUACGACGAGCCACAGAAAAGAAUAAAUGGAGAAUAUUCACGAGAAGAUGAAGAAGGAGGAAGUCAGGCUGAAGAUGAUAUCUACACUCAAUCAUCAAGUGAAGACGUUCCGUAUAGAGAAACAAGCUUCUAA